CUCCAACUUCCUCAACAAAAGGCUCUCCUUCAUUCCAAAUUCCCCCAUAAAUUCGAUUCUCUCAGCGAAAAGACGCAGAGAAAUUCACACAAACCCAACACUUUCUUCUCUAUUCGAAGCAUAAACCCUUUUGAAAGGGAUUCGAAAGGCUAUAGCGAAGCGAAGCAGAGGAAACUUACAGAACAGAACCAGUUUGCAUCAUCAGGUGUUUAGCAGAUUGCAAUCAUGAAUCCUGACAAAUUUACCCACAAGACAAAUGAGUCAAUUGCAGAGGCUCAUGGGCUUGCAAUGAACGCAGGCCAUGCACAGUUCACUCCUCUCCAUCUUGCGGUAGCUUUAAUAUCUGAUCCCAAUGGAAUCUUUGCUCAAGCUAUCAACAAUGCAGGUGGUGGAAAUGCUGCACAAGAAGCUGAAAGGGUAUUUAAUCGAGCCUUGAAUAAGCUCCCAUCGCAAUCCCCUGCCCCUGAUGAAAUCCCUGCAAGUACUACCCUUAUCAAGGUUAUUCGUCGGGCCCAAGCAGCACAAAAAUCUCGAGGAGACACCCACUUGGCUGUUGAUCAGUUGAUUCUAGGCCUCAUUGAGGAUUCUCAAAUUGCGGAUUUGUUGAAGGAAGCUGGGGUGACACCAGCAAAAGUGAAAUCAGAGGUUGAAAAGCUCCGUGGGAAGGAAGGGAGGAAGGUUGAAAGUGCUUCUGGGGAUACUACAUUUCAGGCUCUGAAGACUUAUGGGAGGGAUCUUGUUGAGCAGGCAGGGAAGCUUGAUCCAGUAAUUGGUCGAGAUGAUGAGAUCAGAAGAGUCAUCAGAAUUCUCUCAAGGAGAACCAAGAACAAUCCAGUUCUUAUUGGGGAACCCGGUGUUGGUAAAACAGCUGUGGUAGAAGGUUUGGCUCAAAGAAUUGUCAGAGGAGAUGUCCCAAGCAAUCUUGCUGAUGUGAGACUCAUUGCAUUAGACAUGGGUGCAUUGGUUGCUGGAGCUAAAUACAGAGGAGAAUUUGAGGAGAGGUUAAAGGCAGUUCUGAAAGAAGUUGAGGAAGCAGAGGGAAAAGUGAUACUCUUUAUUGAUGAAAUCCACCUUGUUUUGGGAGCUGGUCGAACUGAGGGUUCUAUGGAUGCUGCUAACCUCUUUAAGCCCAUGCUUGCUAGGGGACAACUGCGUUGCAUUGGUGCUACUACACUUGAGGAAUACAGGAAGUAUGUAGAAAAAGAUGCUGCCUUUGAGAGAAGGUUUCAGCAAGUUUAUGUGGCUGAGCCUAGUGUCACUGACACAAUAAACAUCCUUCGAGGGUUGAAAGAGAAAUAUGAGGGUCACCAUGGUGUUAAGAUACAGGAUCGUGCCCUUGUGGUGGCAGCACAGCUAUCAAGUAGAUACAUUACUGGACGUCAUCUUCCGGACAAGGCGAUUGACUUAGUUGAUGAAGCCUGCGCAAAUGUGAGAGUCCAACUUGAUAGUCAGCCUGAAGAAAUUGAUAACCUGGAAAGGAAAAGAAUGCAAUUAGAAAUUGAGCUCCAUGCCCUUGAAAAGGAGAAGGACAAAGCUAGCAAAGCCAGACUUGUUGAAGUUCGUAAAGAGCUUGAUGACUUAAGGGACAAGCUUCAACCCCUAAUGAUGAAGUACAGGAAGGAGAAAGAAAGGAUUGAUGAGAUUAGAAGACUAAAGCAGAAAAGAGAAGAGCUCCUGUUUGCUUUGCAGGAAGCAGAAAGAAGAUAUGACCUUGCAAGAGCUGCAGAUUUGAGAUAUGGAGCAAUUCAGGAAGUUGAGUCUGCCAUUCAACAGCUUGAAGGGAGCUCGGCUGAGAAUGUUGGUGAAGACUUAAUGUUAACUGAGACAGUGCAACCAGAACACAUUGCAGAGGUUGUAAGCCGCUGGACUGGCAUUCCAGUCACAAGGCUUGGCCAGGGUGAAAAAGAGAGGUUGAUUGGGCUUGCUGAGCGGUUGCAUCAAAGGGUAGUGGGUCAAGACCAAGCAGUUAAUGCUGUGGCAGAGGCUGUUUUGAGGUCGAGGGCUGGAUUAGGAAGGCCACAACAACCAACUGGUUCAUUCCUUUUCUUGGGUCCAACUGGUGUUGGUAAGACUGAGCUCGCAAAGGCUCUGGCUGAGCAACUCUUUGAUGAUGAAAAUCAACUAGUAAGGAUUGACAUGUCUGAGUAUAUGGAGCAACAUUCUGUUUCUAGGCUUAUUGGGGCACCACCUGGGUAUGUGGGACACGAGGAAGGGGGACAACUUACAGAGGCAGUCAGGCGUCGGCCUUACAGUGUCGUGCUGUUUGAUGAAGUGGAGAAAGCUCAUAUUUCUGUCUUUAACACUCUACUCCAGGUGUUGGAUGAUGGUAGGUUAACUGAUGGCCAAGGUCGUACUGUGGACUUUAGGAAUACAGUAAUCAUCAUGACCUCAAACCUUGGAGCAGAACACCUUCUCUCAGGACUUACCGGCAAAGUUCCAAUUGAAGCUGCUCGGGAAAAAGUGUUGCAAGAGGUGAGGCGACAUUUUAGGCCGGAGUUGCUAAACAGACUUGAUGAGAUUGUGGUUUUCGAUCCUCUCUCACAUGAUCAAUUGAGGAAGGUUGCCAGAUUGCAAAUGAAGGAAGUUGCAAGCCGUCUUGCUGAGAGAGGUAUCGCUUUGGCAGUGACAGAUGCGGCAUUGGACCAUGUCUUAGCAGAGAGUUAUAAUCCGGUUUAUGGUGCAAGGCCAAUCAGGAGAUGGCUUGAGAAGAAGGUAGUUACUGAGCUAUCAAGGAUGCUUGUCAGGGAGGAAAUAGAUGAAAGCUCCACUGUAUACAUAGAUGCGGCACCUAACGGAACUAACUUGGUGUAUCGGGUGGAAAAGAAUGGAGGGUUGGUUAACGCAGCCACCGGUCAGAAGUCUGAGGUACUGAUCCAAAUCCCUAAUGUUCCGAGAAAUGAUGCUGCACAGGCAGUGAAGAAGAUGAAAAUUGAGGAAAUUGAUGAUGAUGAUAUGGACGAGGAGUAGAUAAUCUGGAGGAAUGAAAAUAAAUGCAAUAAUGCAUUUCCAAGGUUUUCUUUGCUGUAAUUAACGUCUAAGAUGGUUUCUUUGAGUCUGUUUGAUGUUUGAAGUAUUUGAUAUUUAACAGGGGUCUCUUUGGGGACCCUGCCGCAAAAUAUCACAAUGGUUGUAACUGGCUACUUUGGUAUGAAUGUGGAGCUCUGAUUUUCAUGCAAGGCUAAGGGGAAUGGCAUCGCUAAAUGAAUUUCACUAUUUAGC